AUGGUUCAACUGAAAUUGAGAUGUUUUUGUUCAAGCCCACUGGAAGUUGAAGUAAAUAAUUGUCAGCCAUACAACGUUACAGAUAUAGUUCAACUCCCAGGUAGAAUAAUGGAGUAUCUUACCCUAAGAUUAUUUGAAAAUGAAUAUGGGGACUCUAUAUAUCUGUUCUUUUGUGGUUUAACAACUUUGGCCUUUAUACAACAUCAAGUACGUUUAAAAUGUCUCGUCAAAAUAGCAAGGUAUUAUGGUAGAACAAUUCAAGGAAUUAUCCAUCCUAGUUUCCGAAUCAACUUACCUGCUAAUCCAUUUCUUCACAAAGGAAGUUCAUAA